AUGUGUGGUGGUGCGAUCCUCGCCGAGCUCAUACCGAGCACGCCGGCGCGCCGCGUCACGCCGGGCCACCUCUGGCCGGCGGCAAGCAAGGGCAAGCAGCAGCGGAGGGCCGACGACUACGAGGCGGCCUUCCGGGAGUUCGACGAGGAGGAGGAAGAGGUGGAGAGCAAGCCGGCGUUCGCGUUCAGCGCUUCCUCCGCCGCGACGACGAAGCUAAGGAGGCAGCAGCGCCAGGAGCUGGCCGCGCCGGCGCCGAGCAGGCGCCGCAAGGCCGCCCAGUACAAGGGCGUCCGCCGCCGCCCGUGGGGCAAGUGGGCGGCCGAGAUCCGCGACCCCGUCAAGGGCGUCCGCGUCUGGCUCGGCACCUUCCCCUCCGCCGAGGCCGCCGCGCUCGCCUACGACGCCGCCGCGCGCGACAUCCGCGGGGCCAGGGCCAAGCUCAACUUCCCCUCACCCGCCGACGCCGUCCAGAACAGCCGCAAGCGCGGCCGCGCCGCCGAGGUCGUCGACCUCGUCGCCGACGAGGAGGACGAGGCCAGCGAGAGCUCCGACUCCGGCGCGCUCCCGGACUUCUCGUGGCAGGGCGUGUCGGCGUACGAAGUGGAGCCCCCCGCGGCGCACCCCGCCCUGGAGGCCGCCGACCAGAGCAGCGGCGGCGCCAGCAAGCGCCAGAGGACCGAGCUGGAGAGCGCCGACGACGAGGCGUCGCCCCGGGCCUCCGACUCCGAGUCGGACGCCCUGUUCGACGCGUUCAUCUUCGGCGACCAGUUCGCCUACUUCAACGGCGGCGCCUACGAGUCCCUGGACAGCCUGUUCAGUGCGGACGCCGUGCAGGGCAGCAGCGCCGCCGUCGCGGCGGACGAGGGGAUGGGCCUGUGGAGCUUCGACGACGGCUGCCUCGUCGAGGACAACCUGUCGUUUUAA